CUCCUCCGGGCCGGGGCUGCCAGGCUCCCCGCAAGGCCAUGUGCCACGCUGGCGGCGCUCGCGAUCGCACAGGCCACCCGGAAGGAUCCUCCGGUCUCGGCCGAGAGGGGGCGAAAUGAGCCCCUAAGAGUCCGAGAAGCCCCUCCCGGGAGCGGACGGCCCUCUUCGGAUCCUCGAAUCCGCCCGAGGGCGGUUCCUGGCAAAGGAAACCGACACUGAUCUCGCGUCUCCGCCAACGCCUCCAAAUGUUCACUCACCUGAAGAAUGAAUCCACGGGACUUACAACCUGUCUGAUCCCAGCUUCCACACAGGAUGUGGGCAGUAGCUGUGGGAAUGGUCUGGAAAAAGAAUGCCCCGGAAAACCAGACCAGAAGCCCCUGGAGCUCUAUGGAGUGGGUGGGCCCACUGCCAUGUUCUCCACUGACAGCCCCUACUUGUCCUCUCGAGGAAGAAUCAUUAAAUGGUUCUGGGACUCUGCUGAGGAGGGCUACCGGACCUACCAUAUGGAUGAGUAUGAUGAAGACAAGAACCCCAGUGGCAUCAUUAACUUGGGCACCAGUGAGAACAAACUCUGCUUUGACCUGCUGUCCAGGCGGCUGACUCAGAGUGACAUGCUGCGGGUGGAACCAUCCCUGCUGCAGUACCCCGACUGGAGGGGCCACCUGUUCCUCCGGGAAGAAGUGGCCAGGUUCCUGUCUUUCUACUGCAAGAGCCCGGCGCCCCUGAAGCCAGAGAAUGUGGUUGUCCUGAACGGGGGCGCCUCCCUCUUCUCGGCCCUGGGCACGGUGCUGUGUGAGGUCGGGGAGGCUUUCCUGAUCCCUACCCCUUACUAUGGAGCCAUCACGCAGCACGUCUAUCUCUAUGGCAACGUCCGACUGGUCUAUGUCUACCUGGACAGUGAGGUCACCGGGCUGGACACACACCCUUUCCAACUCACAGUGGAGAAGCUGGAGACAGCCCUGCAAGCUGCUAAUUCUGAGGGUGUGAAGGUCAAAGGCCUCAUCCUCAUCAACCCCCAGAAUCCUCUGGGUGACAUCUACUCCUUGGGGGAGCUGCAGGAGUUCCUGGGAUUUGCCAAGAGGCACAAGCUGCACGUGAUUGUGGAUGAGGUCUACAUGCUGUCUGUGUUUGAAGAAUCAGCCAUGUACUGCAGCGUCCUGAGCUUAGAAAGGCUGCCUGAUCCCCAGAGGACCCACGUGAUGUGGGCGACGAGCAAGGACUUCGGGAUGUCUGGGCUCCGCUUUGGCACACUGUACACGGAAAACCAGGACGUGGCCAUUGCCGUGGCGUCUCUCUGCCGCUACCACGGCCUCAGUGGCCUGGUCCAGUACCAGAUGGCACAGCUGCUCCGGGACCGCGACUGGAUCAACCAAGUGUACCUGCCAGAAAACCAUACCCGGCUCAAGGCUGCUCACACCUGUGUCUCAGAAGAGCUCAGGGCCCUGGGGAUCCCCUUCCUGAGUCGUGGGGCAGGCUUCUUCAUCUGGGUUGACUUGAGAAAGUACCUGCGUGAGGGCACCUUUGGAGAGGAAAUGCUGCUCUGGCGCCGCUUUUUGGACAACAAAGUGCUACUGUCCUUUGGCAAGGCCUUCGAGUGUAAAGAGCCUGGCUGGUUCCGCCUCGUCUUCUCCGACAAGGCCCACCGGCUUCGUCUGGGGAUGCAGAGGAUCCGGCAGGUGCUUGAGGGCAAAUCCCAGGUGGCAGAAGAUCCAUCUUCCUGUCUGAACCAGGAGCCAAGUGGUCAGCACAGGUGAGCAGUUGUGGGCCUCCUGGCCAGAGGGCUUGGCCACCACUGCUGACCUGGGAUGUUUCAAGCAAGACUGAUAGUGGAUAAACCAUUUCCGAGAAAGAUGCCUGAUUUGGCCUUACCGCAUGCAGAAGAACCAGUUUUUGCCUCUUUCCAACUGUGGGAGGCUCAGCCUGUCCCCGCCUCUCCAGAAGCCUGUGUUUUGAGUAACUGACAGAAUGGAGGAGUCGUGACUGCUCCUAACCAUAGCUCUCAGCCCCCUGAGGGUGUGAAAAGAAAAUAAACAACCUCUCCAUUCUUUUUGAUAGCUCCUUCAUACCUCAUACCUCUUUCUUUGUUGCCAGGGAAACAAGUCAAAGGAAUAACACAUAAGAGACUAUGCAAAUAAAAAAGUGAUCAUUUCCAAACUGCA